CACACAUUUUAUUUGCCUUUAAAAAGAGAAGCAUACUCACGGGUUCCUGUCACUCCGAGUUAUUCAUCCACCAACAUCAUGACCGGGAGAGUUGUUUUUCUGGGACUUCUGCUCAUCUGUGUGACUGCAGGUGCAGAAGAGAGGUCUGGAAUCAUGAGAAAGCCUACUUGUCCUGACACGGCAGAGAUUGUGGCGUGUCCUUUAAACCUCUCUCCUGUAUGUGGCAGCGAUGGAAACACUUACGCAAAUGAGUGUCAGCUGUGUGCCCAGAGACAAUCAACGAAGAUGGACAUUAUGAUUGUCAAAGAGCAGAGCUGCUGACCUCCACACCUGGUGAUGUCACUGUCAAGGGCCCAAUCAGAAUCAAGUGAAAUGAUGACUAGAUUCCAACUGUUCUAAAUACUUACCACAAUCAAUAAAUAUCAUUCAACAGUG